CUUUUUUUUUUCGACUCUCACCUAAUCCCACCCCACUUGCACGGUCGCCGCCGGGAGUCUUCUUUCUCCUCGUCGCCCCCGGGAUUCACCAUCGCUCCCUCUCCUUGCCGCGCGGCCGACCUCCACCUCCCCGCCGCCGCUCCCUACUAGACAAGGCAGGUGCGGCUUGCCUGGCCCCCAAAUCCGGCCGCAACCUGUCCGGAUUGAUCCUCUCAAGCGGACGGACGCCGGGAGAUCAGCCGCUGUCCUGGUGGUCUCCUCCGCCGGUACGAUUCGCAGAAACUUCAGAAUCCAAGCUAGUCUCGGCCCAAAUCUGUCCAGAUUGACCCUGCUGACGCCGGAAGACCAACCAAUCGACCUCACCCUAGCCGCGGCCCUCGUCGCCUCCUGUGCCGGCGAAGCUCGCAAGCAAAGCCGCGACCAGCAGCACGUCCACGGCGGGGCACGGGGAGUCUGACUGUCUGAGUCGUCAGGUGCCUCCUCCAUUAGGCGUCAGCCUAGCCCCUGUAUCAGCCGUGCUAAUUCAGUGCAUCCGACUUCAGAAACGUUCCAUCUUCAAGGCUCAAGCAAAGAACAAGCUUCAGCUGCGGCCACUCUCCAUGGAAAAUGCCUGCACGAACCUCAACCAAGUCGUACGCUCGGUGCGGCUGCUCAAGAUCGACGGGUUUAGCUUGACCCUGAGCCUGAGCUCUGAAUAUCGCUUCACAUCCAGAUGGAAUGUCGAUGGGUAUGAUUUGGAAGUUGGUAUCUAUCCUGCAGCCAACCCCUUUAAUCCAGAUGGCAACAAGUUUGUGUCUGUGAGACUAAUGUUUCUCAGUAAAGCCCGCACAGAGUGUGGUGUGCCAGUGAGCCUAGCCUGUCAGCUGGUAGAUCGCAGUGGGGAGCUUGAACCAUUUAAAGAGGACAGUGUGUCGGAGACCUUCUUUGCACCCCACUACUUCAAAGAACUCUUAUUGGUGAAUAGGAAGUCCAUACCAUCUGCUUAUCUCCGGGAUGAUUCUCUGACCCUGCGAUGCGCCAUCACAAUGCUCAAGGAAUUACCAGUACAAACCAUCCCAGCUGAAGAGGUGAUCGCUGUACCAUCCACCAAUUUGCACCAGCACCUCGGCGAGCUCCUGGAGAGCGAGACGGGAGCCGAUGUCACCUUUCUCGUGUGCGAUGAGUCGUUUGCUGCACACAAGGACAUACUUGCCGCAAGGUCUCCGGUUUUCAAGGCCCAGUUCUUUGGAGACAUGAAGGAGAAGUGCUCGCAACGUGUGGAGGUGAAGGACAUGGAGGUGGCUGCAUUCAGGGCCAUGCUGCACUUCAUCUACACCGACACGGUGCCCGAGCUUGAUCAACCGCUCGAGUUGGUGGCGACGCUCGCUCAGCAUCUGCUUGCGGCUGCUGACUGGUACGGUCUCGAUAGGCUCAAGCUGAUUUGUGAAAUGAAGCUCUCUGGUGGCAUCACCGUCGACACCGCAGCGACCACUCUUGCUUUGGCGGAGCAGCACAAUUGCUCCAAGCUCAAGGCCAAAUGUGUCGAGUUCAUCGUCAGCACUCCUGCAGUUCUUGAUGAUGUGUUGGCGACGGAGGGGUAUAGGCACCUGGAGGCAAGCUGCCCUUCGGUCCUGACUGAGCUUCUCAAGUCUGUCCAUGGGAGUAAGUGCUGAAGUGUAGCCAUAUUGCCAGACUUCCAGGAUCUGACAAUGCGUGUAGUCUCUGUUUGUGCUUGUGAGAAAUGAUUAAUGCAUACUAGAAACUUGUGUUUUUUAGGGAAUUACUAGAAACUUGUGUUUGUAUUUACCUAAUAUGGAAAACUUAUGUCCUGUUAUUAGCAACGUAAUGCUUUCAUCCGCCUACAGUAGUUGUAAUUUAGUGACUUUCAAUGUUGUACACAAGGUUUUACACAGUCCAGGGUUCGUGUAUAUGCUCGUUAGUCUUUUGAACUGAGUGUGCAACUGUGCAUAUAGAUA